AUGACUUCUUCUUCUUCUUCUCCUCCUCCUUCUACUUCAUCACCUCUCUUGCAUCUGCCUCGUGAACUACGGGAUAGGAUUCUCGACUUUCUCUCCCUGCCAGAACAUGUCUACACCUCCACCGCCACGCCAGGCCCCGCCACCAAUCAUUUCAGAGACUCCAAGCAAGCCGAGAAAACCUAUGUCGAUACACGCAUCUACCUGCCCUCAUGUCCCCCCACAGCCAUGCUUGCAACUUGCACCCAACUUCGACAAGAGUGUUUGGAGCACCAUGCGCAUCGACUCAAUUCCUCUGUCCUCCCACGGCCUGCCAACUCCAAGGAGAAGCCCACAAGCGCCAUCUUGGCUGAGAGGCUGGGCACGGAAUUCAUGGAAGAGACAGAGCGUGCCUGUGACAAUGGACUUUUGCGCAUUACUGUAGAGGUCGAUCGGAAGAUGCGUGGACCCAUGGGCUACACAAUACCUGCACGCGAGCAAUUGUCGCCACGAUUUCUUGCUCUAGUACCCCUAAUGCAACGAGCACGAAAACUGCAAAUAGACGUCUGGCCUGGCUACGAGUGGUGGAAUGGAGGCCCACAGCCGUGGACGGACAAGUACGGCAACCUUCGUGCCAAUGUCGCCCAAGUCUCCAAACCCAACUCUGUUACGGUGGCGAUAGGAAGGAUAUUGGAGAAUUUCCCCUGCAUACAACAUUUGGACAUCAAUGUACUUAUGCAAGCUUCAGAAGCUCGUGGCUGGGACCUACCAGAUCGCAAGUGGGAAAACCUUCAACCCUGGUUGGACACACCAAUCACCGUCAGAGGACAGACACUAGAGAAGAGUACUAGGAACCUUACCAUUUCUGUCGAGUCAUCCCAGCCUGAAUCAUUUUAUACUCAACUUGAAACGCGUCACCCGUCGAGAUCUCUCUGGGUGGUGGAGAGAAAAGGCGACAUGUUAACGCCGACCAUGAGGUCACUCUGCCAAGGGCCAGACGACUUCGACUUCUUCGCCUCACUUCGUCGGAUGAACCUAGCAUGGUUUCCCACGAGUCACGGAAAAUCUAGACUACAUUUGCAUGAAUCACGCCCAUCUUUACGUUGGACUCGCAAUCAACCAGCGGCCAAUGUUUCAUGCGCGCGGCGACGAUAUGUGGGGAAGAACCCCGGUCCGCGGCAGGGAUGCAUUGCUGUUGAAUAUGGAAAUUCUCCGAUUGACGCCCACCGGACACGAUACCAUCUAGAAUGCGGAACCUUCUUUGCGCGUGCCAACGGCCGCCGACUUUGGACAAGACAUGUUGAUUUACCACCAAUACAAAGUCUGAUCAACAGUCAUGUUGGUUUUGGCUCUCGCGCUACAUCCUUCGUCUUUCUCCCGAUUAGACUGGUUCACACCUCGAGUUACUGUCCUUCCAAGUCACUGUCCUUCCAAGUCACUGUCCUUCCAAGUCACUGUCCUUCCAAGUCACUGUCCUUGUCCUUUACUUUCUUUCUCGCACCCGCAAGUACCAUGAAGCUCUCUACCUUCGUUCUCGCCAGCACGGCUUCACUCGCGCUUGCGGUACCUACCGCUACCGUGAAGCGCGCCGACUACUGCGGGCAGUGGGACAGCAAAGUCACCGGCAGCUACACCGUUUACAACAACCUCUGGGGCCAGGGGCAAGCCAGCUCCGGCUCUCAGUGCACAGGUGUCGACGGCCUCAGCGGCAACACUCUCAAGUGGCACACAUCGUGGUCCUGGGCUGGCGGAGCCGGCCACGUAAAAUCGUACGCCAAUGUCGUUACCAAGAUCCCCCAAGUUGCCCUCUCGACCAUCAAGACCCUCCCCAGCACCUGGACAUGGUCCUACACUGGCAGCGACAUGAUCGCCAACGUCGCCUACGACCUCUUCACCUCAUCCAGCGCCUCCGGGUCCCCAGAAUACGAAAUCAUGAUCUGGCUUGGUUCGUUCGGCGGCGCAGGCCCGAUUUCCUCAAUCGGCCGCCCCAUUGCCACCGUUAAACUCGCUGGCGUGACCUGGGACCUGUACAAUGGCUCGCACAGCCAGAUGAACGUCUUCAGCUUUGUCCGCCAGGGCGGAGACGUCAAGAACUUCCGCGGCGACCUCAUGGAGUUUGUCAACUACCUCACCAGCCAGCAGGGCAUGUCGCGCUCGCAGAUUCUGCAGAGUGCCGGUGCAGGCACAGAGCCAUUCAGCGGUAACAAUGCCAAGUUCACUACUAGCGCGUACAGCCUUAGCCACACCUAG